AUGAGUACCGACGGUACCGUUCGUCCGCCUCAUGGUGGGAGAGUUGCCGAUGCGCCGGAGGAGAUUAAACAGGCUGAGCUGAAGCCCUCGCAUGCGUUUUUGUUUCCGCUAGGUUAUAAAGAUGCUGCGUAUCAAUGGUGGACGAGUUUGGCACCGCAAGCCGUUGAGCGCAAUUUGUUGAACCUUAUGCCGCACCUUAAGGAGGCAAACGACAGUAUUACAAACAUCGAUACCCCCGAACGACCUGAUCCAUACGGUACACGAGUAUGGCGACGAACAAUGGUCCAUCUUUCCGGGAAAAACCGAGCCUUGAACGAAGUAACCGUCGAGCGAGUCGGAGAAAAGGAGGAGGAUGCUCUCGUCAUGAUCCACGGAUACGGCGCUGGUCUCGGUUUCUUCUACAAGAACUUUGAGCCUAUUUCUCGCAUGAAGGGACUCAAGCUCUAUGCGCUGGACAUGCUGGGCUGCGGAAACUCGUCACGGCCGGCUUUCAAGAUCCAUGCCAAGAAGAAGGAGGAUCAAGUCAUGGAAGCAGAGGGUUGGUUCGUCGAUGCGCUAGAAGAAUGGCGAAAGGCCAGAAAGCUCGAACAGUUCACACUCCUUGGUCACUCGCUCGGUGGUUAUCUCGCAGUUUCAUACGCCAUCAAAUAUCCAGGCCGACUUAAAAAGCUCAUUCUCGCUUCUCCAGUCGGUAUCCCAUCUGAUCCCUACGCCGUCAACGCCUCCAUGCCCGAACCGAACACAUCAACGAUCCAAAACGAAAUCACACAAGAUCAACAAAGCACAACCGAUCAAAACGGUACUCUCAAAAAGCACAAGCCUGCUUCAAACGUCCUACGACGACCUCUGCCAGGCUGGUUCGUCUGGCUCUGGGACCAGAACAUUUCUCCCUUCAGCAUCGUCCGAAUGAGCGGUCCUCUCGGUCCACGAUUCGUCUCAGGCUGGAGUUUCCGACGCUUCAAUCAUCUACCACCAGCUGAAUCACAAGCUCUUCACGAUUACUCCUUCUCGAUCUUUAAGCAAAAGGGCAGUGGUGAAUAUGCUCUAGCAUACAUCCUCGCACCCGGCGCAUACGCUCGUCGUCCCGUUAUUGAUCGCAUCCAAGAAGUCGGCCGUCAAACCAUCACAAAACCCGACGGAACCACAGUCAAAGAAACCGGUAUACCAGUAGUGUUCAUGUACGGAGAAAACGACUGGAUGGACGUCGCAGGCGGUCUAGCAUCAGAGGAGAAACUCAAAGAAACGAGACAAAAAGCCCUCGAAAACGCUACAGAAGAAGAAAAGAAGCGAGAAAACGGCAGUGCAAAGGUCCUCCUUGUCCCCAAAGCCGGUCACCAUCUCUACCUCGACAACCCUGAAGUCUUCAACGACAUGAUCCGCAAAGAACUCGAAGACACGCGAAAAUCCGAGCAAAGAAAGCAAUAA